UCUACCCCGAUCCUUCACCCCAUCCCACUCCUCGCCGCCGCUCCGCCGUCGCCGUCGCCGUUGCCGUUACCGUUUCCGCCGUCGUCGUCGUGUUAACCUUCGCUUAGCACUCAAUCAUAUUUAUUCUCUCGUGAAAUUCAGAUCAUUAGAGACAGGUUUCAAUUGCUUCUACAGGAGGGAUUUUACUGAUUUCUUUCCGGAUCCAUUGAUUUGCUGGACGAAAGAAUCUUGAAUUUAAACACCAGAUUGUGGAAAAGAGAGAUGGAAAGCUUCAAGUGAGCGCUCUUCAAGCCUCGAUAAAUGGCAAAUAAUGAGGUGGAAUCGAACGCACUCCGUGGAGUAGAAUGGGAAGUUGUUUCACCUACAACAUCGGCUGCUGCUGCUCCUAGUAUAGAACAAGUUGAAUGUGAUACAGAUGAAGAUCAAGCUGAUAAUACGUUGCGAGCUCUUUUUAUGUCUGGUCAUUUUGUUUUCCCACCAAGUCAGCACGAGAAUUUACCCAUAGAACCAGAGACUAUACAAAUGGAUACAUUAUCUGAUAUGAUGGAAGGAGAUGUCAUAGAUGAAUCAACUAAUCAGGAACAUUUGAAGGAUGAUAAGCAAAAUGAUGCUCCUGAACUUCCCUGUAAUGCUUGGUGGAAGAGACGAGCUGUUUCAAUAUAUACACAUGCUAAAGACACAAAUGCAUUUUGGUCCAUUUUUGUUGCGGCAGCUGUUAUGGGUAUUGUCAUUAUUGGACAGCAAUGGCAGAAGGAAAGGUGGCAGGUUUUGCAACAUAAGUGGCGGUUCCUUUUAGAUGAGAAAAUGGGAAGGAUGCUGGUCCGCCCUAUGUCUCGAUUGAAAUAUGUAAUCGCGGGUGGAAAUCGAUCUGGUUCUUUAGCUGAUCAUUAAGAUGAUGAAGGGACAGCAAUAUUGCUAGUAAUUUAAAGGGUGGAACUAACUAUUGCAUUUGUUAAUAUAGAUUGUAGUAAUUGGUUGUGAUACUUACUUUGAUCAUAUGCAAUGUUUCAAGUUAAAGUUUGUUCUUAGCAUA